GUGUACACUUAGAAAAUGGGUGUUCAGAGCAGUAUUUUGGGUGCAAAGUUAAGAGCAGUGUUUUUGGUCCAAAUUGUCUCACCCUUCGUGAAAUUCCUUGCCUAUAGUAUAUGUUCUUUUAUUAUUGUUUUUCUUCUUGUAUGUUUUUCUCAGGCAGAUUUUGACUUUCAUGGGGAGGACUGGGAAUGGGGAACCUACAGAACACAGCAUGUUCUGGCAGUUGGUGCAUACAGCAAUGAUGAUGGUCUGAGGCUUGAGAAAAUUUUUAUCCAAAAAGAUAAUGCGACGAUCCAUGCUGAUGGGACAUUGCUGGGGCCAAAAACCAAUCUUCAUUUUGCUGUUCUUAAUUUUCCUGUUAGUCUAGUCCCCACUGUUGUUCAGGUGAUUGAAUCUUCAGCUACUGAUGCCAUUCAUUCUUUGCGGCAAUUGUUAGCACCGAUUAGGGGUAUACUGCACAUGGAAGGAGAUCUAAGAGGAAAUCUUGCUAAACCAGAGUGUGAUGUGCAAGUAAGGCUUCUUGAUGGUGCCAUUGGAGGCAUUGAUCUUGGACGAGCUGAAAUUGUUGCUUCCUUGACCUCAACCAGUCGUUUUCUUUUUAAUGCAAAAUUUGAACCAGUCAUCCAAAAUGGCCAUGUACACAUACAAGGAAGCGUUCCUGUUACUUUUGUCCAAAAUAACAUUACAGAGGAAGAAGAUGCAGAAACAGAUAAAAUCGGAGCAGCUUGGGUUCCUGGCUGGGUGAAGGAAAGGGGUAGAGGAUCUGUUGAUGACACCAGUGAGAAGAAAACCCUGAGAGAUUAUAAUGAAGAAGGUUGGGAUACUCAGUUAGCUGAAAGCCUUAAAGGUUUAAAUUGGAACAUCUUAGAUGUAGGAGAAGUGAGAGUUGAUGCUGAUAUAAAGGACGGGGGCAUGAUGAUGCUGACAGCUUUGUCUCCUUAUGCCAAGUGGCUUCAUGGCAAUGCUGACAUUAUGCUUCAGGUCAGAGGCACAGUUGAGCAACCUCUGCUUGAUGGGUCUGCAUCCUUCCACAGGGCAUCAAUAUCUUCACCAGUACUCCGGAAACCUCUCACAAACGUUGGUGGAACUGUACAUGUGAAAUCAAAUAGGUUAUGCAUCACUUCAUUGGAAAGCAGGGUAAGCAGAAGGGGCAAGCUGUUCAUGAAAGGGAAUCUGCCCCUGAGAAUGAAUGAGGCAUCCCUUGGUGACAAAAUCGACUUGAAAUGUGAAGUUCUGGAAGUACGAGCAAAGAACAUUCUAAGUGGUCAGGUUGACACUCAGAUGCAAAUAACUGGUUCUAUAUUGCAACCAAAUAUUUCGGGGAAUAUAAAAUUGAGCCAUGGAGAAGCAUAUCUACCUCAUGAUAAGGGUAACGGGACUGCUCCUUUCAAUAGAUUGGAGUCCAAUCAGUCCAGGCUUCCAGUUGGUGGUAUCAAUCGAGCAGUUGCUUCUCGAUAUGUUUCACGUUUUUUUAGUUCAGAACCUGCUGCUUCAAGUGCAAAAUUCCAUCAGCCAACUGUUAAAUCAGGUGAAGUUGAAAAGGAAAUGGAGCAGGUUAACAUUAAACCCAGUGUAGAUAUCCGCCUAAGUGAUUUAAAGCUUGUUUUAGGACCAGAAUUAAGAAUAGUUUAUCCUUUGAUUCUUAACUUUGCUGUUAGUGGAGAGCUUGAGUUAAAUGGUCUAGCACAUCCCAAGUGGAUAAAGCCUAAAGGCAUUCUAACAUUUGAGAAUGGUGAUGUGAAUCUCGUUGCUACACAAGUGAGGCUUAAGCGAGAGCACCUAAAUAUAGCAAAAUUUGAGCCUGAGUAUGGAUUAGACCCAAUGCUAGACUUGGCUUUGGUGGGAUCAGAGUGGCAAUUCAGUAUUCAAAGUCGAGCCAGCAAUUGGCAGGACAAAAUUGUAGUGACAUCAACACGUUCUGUGGAACAGGAUGUUCUCUCACCUACUGAGGCUGCUAGGGUGUUCGAGAGUCAAUUGGCAGAGUCAAUAUUGGAAGGAGAUGGCCAACUUGCUUUCAAAAAGCUCGCUACUGCAACGCUUGAAACACUAAUGCCAAGAAUAGAAGGGAAGGGAGAGUUUGGUCAGGCCAGGUGGAGGCUGGUAUAUGCUCCGCAAAUACCUAGUUUGCUUUCUGUUGAUCCUACAAUUGAUCCUCUCAAAUCUCUGGCCAGCAAUAUUUCAUUUGGUACAGAAGUUGAAGUCCAGCUUGGGAAACGUCUACAGGCCUCGAUAGUUCGGCAGAUGAAAGACUCAGAGAUGGCAAUGCAAUGGACGUUGAUCUACCAGUUGACAAGCCGCCUGAGAGUGCUGCUACAAUCUGCUCCUUCAAAACGUCUUCUGUUUGAAUAUUCUGCUACAUCACAAGACUGAGUCAUUGCUCAUCCUCUGCCUGCUGAAUUUUUUUGCAUUGGAGCAUAUCUCAGCAAAUGAAUUCGUUUUUAUAUUUUGAUAAAUUAUUGCUCUCCAAAUGUAUCUUCUGAAAAUGUAAAUCCAUUUAUAAAUUAUCCCAAGAAAAAAAGAGAAAUAUAGAGACAACAGAGUACUGGAAUUGUAAAAUUAGAUGUGGAUAGCGUAUAUAACCUUAUUCUUUUCUCAGAAAUAAAUAAGCUUGUUCAUAUUUUCAACUUUUUAAA